AUGCCAUUGGAGGUAGUUUAUACUAAUGGUUUAAGAAAGCUCAAACCUUACUAUAGUACGAGAAAUACAUUCGCGAAGGGACGAUGGUUGGGCAAAACACUUUUAGAAGUACUUGUUAAAGAGUUUAAGACUUUUACAGAACAACAUUAUAUUGAUGGUAUUACAAAAGGCUUAUAUACUAUUUACAGAGAUGGGGAAUUAUUAGCAGCCGAUGAUGUGUUGCAUAGCAGAAUACAAAAUAAGGAUAUCGUCGAAACAAGAUUUCAUAAACACGAACCACCUGUGAAGCAAUGGUGUACCGAAUUGAUAGAAAACAAUGACAGGCAAGGAAGAGUAGCAGGGAUAGACUUAAUAUAUGAAGAUGAUAAUUUGUUCAUAAUCGAUAAGCCAAAUGGGAUCCCAGUACAUCCUACAGGCCAGUUUUAUAAAAACACGCUAACUGAGAUAUUCAAAACACAUGGUAAAACUGUCUCUCCCUGUUAUAGAAUAGACAAAGUGACCUCUGGAUUACUGAUUUUUGCGAAGAAUCAGGUAGCUGCAAGUGAUAUUCAAACAAAGAUAAGUGAACGGACGAUGAAUAAGUACUAUUUUGCCAGAGUGAAAGGUAAGUUUCCAGGUACACUAAGCAAUAUUUUUGGUGACAGCUACAAUAUAUCAGACAUUAUACAACAAGAUCCUGUAAUUGAAAAUUCAUCCAUAUAUACAGUUGAAUUGAAAAAGGGAUCAUUAGCUGCAUUUUCGCCAACCAGGGAAGCUGUAACUCACUUUUAUCCUAUAAAGUACUAUCCUGAUUGCGAUCACAGUGUUGUGUUAUGUAAACCAUUAACGGGAAGGACGCAUCAAAUAAGGAUACAUUUAGCCAGGUUAGGUUUCCCAAUUGUUAAUGAUCCAUUCUAUAAUAUAAAUAAUACAAAAUUUAGAAGGCGUUCUAAGUUUUUAUUAGAUUAUAAAGAACGGGAAAGCAUAGAUAAAUUAAAAUUGCAAAAUAUCUUUAAUCAAUUUGUUGAAGAAACUGCUGAACAAAAAUCAAACUCAAUAUCUAAUGAACAAGGUAGUAAAUGUUUAGAAUGUGGAAUAAACUUAUUAGAUGACUCCAGUAUUUCUGAACUUGAAAUAUAUCUACAUGCAUGGUGUUAUUCGAAUAAAGAUAAUACUUUUGAAUACAAGACUAAAAUCCCUGAGUGGGCAUAG